AUGGAUCCUGACCCGAUCCGUGUACGAUUGGAGAUGGGUCUUCUCCGCGAGAACGCCGCAUACUGGUGGCGCGCUUCCGCCUCUUCCCUCGCCUGCCAGCUUGCUGCUAUAUCCACGCUGGCCGGCGGCUUCUACGCUGAAUCUGCCUCUCCUUCUCUUCUUCUGGCUUAUCGGAAGAAGUUUGAAUUGGAAGAGACACAAUCUGAUGAAGUUCAAGGCAUAAACAAGGUGGACUGUGUAAUGCAACAUGCAUGCCAGGAGUGUGGUGCAUCCUUCCGCAAACCAGCACAUAUGAAGCAGCAUAUGCUGAGCCACUGCAUCGAGGUAUAAGAGUUGGGCUAUUGAAACAUGUUUGAUUUUGCGUGAAGCACUGGAUCCCAUGCGACAAACUCCAAAAUGCAAAGAGGCUCCAUAGAAUCUUGAAUGGACUAGUAUCAGGAUGGGGGACCUCCUGUGAAGCUCCAUCAAGAAAGCCUCAAUCAGGCAUUUUAAUGAGAGACCUUUUUCCUGCCCGGUGGAUGAUUGCCAUGCUAGUUAUAGAAGAAAGGACCAUUUGACUCACCACUCAUCGACGCACCGAGGACUUUUCACUUGCCCUGGUAGCAAGUGCAAUUGCAAAUUUGGAAUAAAGGCUCACAUGAAAAGGCACAUGAGAGAAAUUCAUGAAGAUGAUUCUUCUCAUGAAGGUCAAAAGCAACAUGUUUGCCAUGAACCUGGAUGUGGGAAGACAUUCAAGUAUCCCUCAAAGUUAAAGAAGCAUGAAGAUACACAUGGUAAAUCACUUUGCUUUAGGUUCUUGAUCCUUACAGUUUUGUAGGCCUAGAGAAGCAGGCUCCCCCGUGACCCGUUCUUUUUCUCUUCGCUCCCUUUUCUCUCUUACAAAGAUAUGUUACAUGUACAGUUACGGUUCUCGAUAUUACGACAUUUUCAUGCAAAUUGUACAAAAACAAUCAGCAAGUCUUUUUACUCACUUCAGGUAUCUCGUUUGUCAUGUUAGGGUAUAUGUUUGGUUUUGAAUGUACAUAAUGUUUAUAUUAAGCGGAUAAAAUCUGCGUAAUUCUCCAA